AUGCUGCAGCUGCGGGACACCGUGGACUCGGCGGGCACCAGCCCCACGGCGCUGCUGGCGGCCGGCGAGGAGGGCGGCGGCGCGGGCGGGGGGCGGCCGGCGGCGGGGUCGCCGCUGCGCCAGACCCUGUGGCCGCUCAGCGUCCGCGACCCCACGCGCCGCGCGCGCGUCAAGGAGUACUUCGUGUUCCGGCCCGGGACCAUCGAGCAGGCGGUGGAGGAGAUCCGCGUGGUGGUGCCGGUGGAGGACGGCGACAUCCAGGUGUGGCUGCUGACCGAGCUGGACCACUGGAACAACGAGAGGGAGCGGCUGGUGCUGGUCACCGACCAGGCCCUGCUCAUCUGCAAGUACGACUUCAUCAGCCUGCAGUGCCAGCAGGUGGUCAGGAUCGCCCUGGACGCGGUGGACACCAUCUCCUUCGGGGAGUUCCAGUUCCCCCCCAAGUCACUCAACAGGCGAGAAGGCUCUGGGAUCCGCAUCCAGUGGGACAGGCAGAGCCGCCCCUCCUUCAUAAACAGGUGGAACCCCUGGUCCACCAGCAUGCCCUACGCCACCUUCACAGAGCACCCGAUGGCCGGAGCCGACGAGAAGACGGCCUCUCUGUGCCAGCUGGAGAGCUUCAAAGCCCUGUUAAUCCAAGCUGUUAAAAAGGCCCAGAAGGAGAACCCGCUGUCGGGACAAGCCAACGGCGUGCUGGUCCUGGAGCGCCCCCUCCUCAUCGAGACCUACGUGGGCCUGAUGUCCUUCAUCAACAAUGAGGCCAAGCUGGGCUACUCCAUGACCAGAGGCAAGAUUGGCUUCUAGCAGGCACCGCUCCUGCCCGCCAGGCUGGUGUGGGCUCCUCAGCCGGGCAGGGCAUCUGGUCCAGUGAGCAGCUCAGGCGCGAGAGGGCCUCACGGCCUGUACUGGCCGGGACUCCACUGUCUACGCCUGCCGUGUCCUGUCCCCCGAGUGUCUCCAUGUGGCUCCUGCUCCUUCCCGCCCGGCCCCACAGCAUGUCAACCACUGCCCCCAGAGUCCAGGAGCGCACCCGCUGGCACCUCCCUGGUAGACUCCCUGGUCUACCCCUGGUAGACUCCUGGUAGCCCGGGGGCCUGGGCCUGAGCCCACGUGCCUGCACACGUGGUGUCCAGGUUUGUAUUUUGAAACUUGGUCCAUUUUCUCAAAACUGAGCAGAAAAGCAGGCAGCGGGCGGGUGGGCUGGGCAAGCAACGUCUGCUGUCAGCUCAGAAAGCAGCUCCUUCUGUGUAAGCGCGUCUGACAUUCAUCUACACGACUUCCCAGGCCCAGAAACAUCUGCAGGCGGCCAUGCCAGGCCCUGCUGUCAGUGUGGACGGUCACCUUAGUGGUGGCUCACGCGAGGCUGCGCUGGCAUGUGCCAGCACCCCCACUGAAGGGCCCAGUCUGCCCUCUGGGGCAGCGGUGGAGGCAGCAAGGCCUGCGGUUUUCCCAGGCAGGGGACGCACUCCCCGGCGGGCUCAGGCUGGGACUCGGGGCUUCUCUGGGGCCCUGGCACCCCACACCCUCCUUGCUUGCUGGCUUGAUUGGAGCCUCUGUGGAUAAACUCUGUGUGCUCGCAGGUGUCUGCCUCCUUGUUUC